AUGUGGUGGCAAUGGCGGCGGCGGCUGUGGUCAGCCCCUCUCCUUCUUAUCCUGAUCGUCACUUCUCUUCUCCCUUCCUCUUCCGCCGUUGAUUUUCUCUACAAUUCCUUCAGCUCCGCAACCAACAGAAGCGACGUCAUCCUCAUCCAAGAUUCCCGCGUAGACUCCACCGUGAUCCGCCUCGUCAACGACUCCCACCAGUACUCCUUCGGCCGCGUUUUCUACCCCCAAAAGCUUUCAAUUAUACCCGAUCCAAGCCGAAACCCGACCCGACUCUCCUCUUUCUCCACCUCCUUCGUCUUCUCCGUUCUCCCUGACAUAUCCACCAGCCCUGGUUUCGGCCUCUGCUUCGUCCUCUCCAAUUCCACUUCUCCCCCAGGCGCAAUCGCCAGCCAAUACUUCGGUCUCUUCACCAAUGCCACCGCCCGAUUCACCGCUCCUCUCCUCGCCGUCGAGUUCGACACCGGUCAGAACCCCGAAUUCAACGACAUCGACGGCAACCAUAUCGGAAUCGACCUUAACAACAUCGAAUCCACCAAAUCCGAAACCGCCGGCUACUACGAUUCCGUUAACGGAAGCUUCGUACCCUUCAACAUGCGUAACGGGCAGAACGUCCACGCUUGGAUCGAUUUCGACGGUCCCAAUUUCGAGAUCAACGUCUCGAUCGCCCCCGCCGGUGUUCCUCGACCUCGCCGUCCUACUCUCACCUUCCGUGAUCCGGUGAUCGCGAAUUAUGUAUCCGCCGAUAUGUUUGUUGGCUUCUCCGCCUCCAAAACGACUUGGGUUGAAGCUCGGAGAAUUCUGGCUUGGAGCUUGAGUGACACCGGAGCUCAUCGAGAGAUCAACACAACGAAUUUGCCGGUUUUCUUACUGGAAUCCACGUCUUCUUCCCUCUCAACCGGAGCAAUCGCCGGGAUCGUCGUCGGUUGUGUUGUAUUCAUCGGUCUAAUUGGAUUUGGGGGUUUCCUAUUGUGGAGGAAACUAAUGGCGGAGGAGGAAGAAGAUGAGAUCGAGGAUUGGGAAUUGGAGUUUUGGCCUCACCGUUUCAGCUACGAGGAGCUUGCCACCGCGACGGACGUCUUCUCCAACGAUCGUCUUCUCGGAUCCGGCGGAUUCGGGAAAGUUUACAGAGGGAUUUUGACGAACAACAGCGAGAUCGCAGUCAAAUGCGUGAACCACGAUUCGAAGCAAGGGCUGAGAGAAUUCAUGGCGGAAAUCGAGAGCAUGGGUCGGCUUCAGCAUAAGAAUCUGGUUCAAAUGCGAGGAUGGUGUCGCCGGAAAAACGAGCUGAUGCUAGUCUACGACUACAUGCCAAACGGGAGCCUGAAUCAAUGGAUCUUUGACGAUCCCAAAGAGCCAAUGCCGUGGCGGCGGAGGCGACAGGUGAUCAACGACGUAGCGGAAGGGCUUAAUUAUCUCCACCAUGGAUGGGACCAAGUGGUGAUCCACCGAGAUAUCAAAUCGAGCAACAUCCUUUUGGAUUCCGAGAUGCGAGGGAGGCUCGGGGACUUCGGGCUCGCGAAGCUGUACGAGCACGGUGGAGCACCGAACACGACCCGGGUGGUGGGGACGCUCGGGUAUCUGGCGCCGGAGCUGGCGUCUGCGUCGGCUCCGACAGAGGCGAGCGAUGUUUACAGUUUUGGGGUGGUGGUGCUGGAGGUGGUUUGUGGGAGGAGACCGAUAGAGUACGCGGAGGAGGAAGAUAUGGUGCUUGUGGAUUGGGUUAGGGAUUUGUACGGCGGAGGAAGGGUGGUUGAUGCAGCUGACGAGAGAGUGGCGAGUGAGUGUGAGACGACGGAGGAGGUCGAGUUGUUGCUUAAACUAGGGCUGGCUUGUUGUCAUCCUGAUCCAGCUAAGCGACCGAAUAUGAGAGAAAUCGUCUCACUCUUGAUUGGCUCGCCACCGGAGGAUUUGUUGAGUGGACUCACGCCGGUAGCCGCCGACUCUGCCUCUGCACACGCCUGA